AUGUCCAAUUAUCUCGGCAGUAUUAAUGUGUUUAAUCACAAUGAACAAGAGUGGUCAGUGUUUUAUGGGAAGUUAAAGCAAUUUUUAAAACUUAACGACGUCAAAGAGGACAAAAAGGGUCCGUUACUACUCACUCAUUUAUCGGACGACACCUAUCGGCUUCUACAAAAUUUAAUUCACCCAAAGAAUUUGGAAGAGGCGAGCUAUGCUGAUAUAUUAGCCGUACUGAGCGAGCAUUUGACGCCGAAGCGAUGUACGUUCGCUGACAGAGAAAGGUUUUGCGAGGCGAAAAGAGCUACGGGAGAAAGUGUCGAGGAAUGGGCUGCGCGCAUUAGGGGACUCGCGGUGCACUGCGACUUUGGCAGUUCACUAGAGAUGUUACUGACGAAUCGUUUCGUGCUCGGAAUGAGCGUUGGUCCCGAGCGUGACCGCUUAUUCGAACAGGACGCUGCAACGCUCACUUUCGCGAAGGCGCUGGAGAUCGCGCAGCAGACCUCGUGUAUGCGCGAAGCCAGAGCUGCAGCCGCGGGGGCGCCCUUACACAUGAAGGAAGAGCCCGUUUAUCACGUGACGGGAGGUAGCGGUCGCCGCGCAGGUGCUGCUGGGCCGCGCGCAUGCAGCGCGAGCGGCGCGAGUGCAGGCGCUCGCGAUCAAUAUUCCAGGAAUUUCAUUCCCAACGCGUCUUCGCUGAUGAGUCCGCUACACGAAUUGCUGCGUGCUAAAGCCGAGUGGGUGUGGGGUGCACGGCAGCGGGACGCCAUGCGGGCGGUGAAGCGGGAGCUCGUGUCGGAGCGAGUGUCGGCGCAUUUUGAACCGACUGACGGCGCAGCUGACUUACAAUAUGAGAACAAUUGUCUGCUAAGAGGGCCAAAGGUUAUUAUCCCCGAAUCAUUGCGAGGUGGUAUGUUGGCCGAGUUACAUAAAUCACAUCUAGGAAUCGUCAAAAUGAAAUCUAAUGCCCGUAGUCGCAUGUGGUGGCCGGGCAUCGACAGCGACAUCGAGCGACACGUGAGCGCGUGCAGCGCGCGCGCCGCCGCAGCCUUGGCCGCGCCCGCUCGCAGCCUGGCAGCGCCCGUGGACCAAAAUGACACCUUGUCAGUGCUCGAUGGCCCUUCAAAAGAGUCACAGGAUCACCCAUCACCUUCAACAGUCUCGACACCUAGUCUCAGUGAGCCCUUAUCCGACGAAGGGUCGGUAGAAACGAGAACAAAUGAUGAUGAUAAGGAGGAGUGGAUGGACUGUGGGGAAAUGGUUGAUGCUGAGUCUUCUGAUGAUUUGCUCGCACCAGCCCCGCCGUCCGAGGCAACCCACAGUAACAUGGGUGAGGGCAGUAGUCAAGAGGCGCAGCCCUUGACUCGUCAGUUGCGGCCUAGAACUAAGGUAGAUUUUAAGAAGUAUUUUUAA